AAACCACUUUAUGUAAUGUGCAAGAAAGCUCUUGAAAAAUGCACGUCUUGGAUUACUUAAUACUCACCUAACUAGUUAAAACGACACAGCAUCAAAAGAACAAUCUCUGCUCCUCUUAUAAUGCUACAGGCGUUCAAUGGUCUUUAGCUCGUGAAAAACAGCAGAACUUUCGAAUUGUAAACACAGACAUUUAAAGAAGGGUGAGGGAAAGAAAAAAAAAAAAAGCCAUGCAGAAGAUGGCAUUUUGGUUUCGGAUUCUACCCCUGCUUGCAGUUUCAUUAGUCCUUCCCCUUUCAGUUCAGUCCAUUCAGCGUCACUACAAGUUCAAUGUGGUGAUGAGGAACAAAACAAGGCUUUGUGCAACUAAGUCCAUUGUCACUGUCAAUGGGAAGUUUCCAGGGCCAACUCUCUACGCAAGAGAGGAUGACAAUGUCAUAGUGAAGGUCGUCAAUCAUGUUCAACAAAACGUAACCAUUCAUUGGCAUGGAGUUCGACAAUUUAGGACAGGUUGGUCAGAUGGACCUGCAUAUAUAACCCAAUGUCCGAUACAACCAGGGCAGAGCUAUAUCUACAACUUCACGCUCAUGGGGCAAAGAGGGACACUUCUUUGGCAUGCACAUGUUAAUUGGCUCAGAGCAACUGUCCAUGGUGCCAUUGUCAUCCUUCCAAAACCUGGAGUUCCUUAUCCAUUCCCUAAACCUGAUAACGAGGAAAUCAUAGUAUUAGGGGAAUGGUGGAAAUCCGAUGUAGAAGCUGUAAUCAAUCAGGCAAUGCAAUUAGGUAUGCCACCUAAUGUGUCUGAUGCUCAUUCCAUCAAUGGUCACACUGGACCUGCUCCAAAUUGCUCUGCUAAAGGUUACACCUUACAUGUUGAAACUGGAAAGACGUAUUUACUGAGGAUUAUUAAUGCAGCACUAAACGAGGAGCUGUUUUUCAAGAUUGCUGGACACAAUUUAACCGUGGUCGAGGUUGAUGCUACUUAUACAAAGCCCUUUAAAACUGAUACCAUUUUCAUCGGUCCAGGCCAAACCACAAAUGCCCUGUUAACAGCAGACCAGAAUCCUGGAAAAUAUAUCAUAGCAGCUUCUCCAUUCAUGGACACUAUUGUGGCCACUGAUAAUCAGACCACAACCGGCACUGUCCGAUACAACGGCACGGCUGCAUUUUCACCGACGGCUCUUACGAGCAUUCCACCCCGAAAUGCAACUCCAGUGACAACCAGUUUCCUGGAUUCGCUUCGAUCCCUGAAUUCCAAAGCUUAUCCGGCUAAUGUUCCAUUGACAAUUGAUCAUUCCCUACUUUUCUCAAUCGGAGUCGGGGUGAAUCCUUGUUCAACAUGCCUAAAUGGAAGCCGGGUUGUGGCAGAUAUUAAUAAUGUAACAUUUGUGAUGCCAACUACAGCUCUGCUUCAAGCACAUUACUAUGGCAUAAGUGGAGUUUACAGUGAAGAUUUUCCAGGAAACCCUCCAAUGCCGUUCAAUUACACCGGUACUCCACCGACAAAUUUGCAGACUACAAAUGGAACUAAGGUUUACAAAUUGGGAUUUAAUUCUACAGUCCAGUUAGUGUUCCAGGGCACUAAUAUAAUUGCACCAGAAAGCCAUCCCACUCACCUACAUGGCUUUAAUUUCUUCGUGGUUGGUAAAGGGGUAGGGAAUUUUGAUCCCAUAAAUGACCCAAGGAAGUUCAAUCUUGUUGAUCCUGUUGAAAGAAACACUGUCAGUGUCCCAACUGGUGGAUGGACUGCAAUCAGAUUCAGGGCAGACAAUCCAGGUGUUUGGUUUAUGCAUUGUCAUCUAGAAGUACAUACAACCUGGGGGCUGAAGAUGGCAUUUUUGGUGGAAAAUGGUAAAGGGCCGAAUGAAUCAAUAUUGCCACCUCCAAGUGACCUUCCAAAAUGUUAGGCAAAAUCCAAAACCAGCCGGAUUGACAACAUGAUUUGAUGGUUUGUUAUUUUAUGUUCAUUCACUUUGCAGAAAAGAGGACUAGAAGUUUGCUCUCCGAGAGUCAAGAUGCACAUAUGACAGACUAAAAUUUGUGACUAAAUGGGAAUAAAUUACUUUUUAGAAAAAUCUGAUUUGAGUGUUUGAGUAGCACGUUGAAAGCCGUUCAAGAUUCAAGAAACAUGUAAUAAGCUUAUUUCUUCUUCCUCUUUUUUUUUUUUUUUUAAAAAAAAAUUUAGUUAUCCAUUUUUUGUUUUUUUUUUUGUUUUUUGGGGAAAGAGUUAUCCAUGUAUGAUCUUGCUUUUUGUUCUGUUUCUUUCUGGGAUUUAGAGUGUGAAGUAAACUGCUGUAUCCUAAAAUUUCUAAAGUCAGACACAAGUCCAUGAACAAAUGUAAUAUUCUUUCUUUUCUUUUCUUUUUCCAUUGUUCAGUCAGUCUCUAAAUCGAGUCAACUGAAUUAUAUAACAUGCAAUCCGAUGACAAAAAAUAAAUAAAUAAAAUUGAGUCGUAAG